CAUAACUUACCCCAAAAGCUCCUAGUUAUUAUUUCCCUGUAAAUAUGCUGUGUCUGCCCGAGGCCAACCAUAAUUUCAACAAUUCACGGGCCAAAAGAGUGGCCAGACGUGGUCCGUGCUAGUGAUUCUCCAGGGACCCUUUGGCUGUUUCUCUGCAGUUGAAGAGAUGGAGAGAUUGGUUUUCUUGUUUUCUUUGACUGCCCUUGCGGUCCUUCACUGCAUGAACACCAUUCCAGAGUUCCAAGAGCCUGUUGUGAUACUGCAGAUUGGUAUUGCAGUGUUGGUGGUGGUGUGGUUCUUCUACUUCCUUAUCACCCGACGUAACCCGCCCAAAGACAUCCUUUUCUAUGUAUUUGCUGAGUUUUCCUUCACUUGUGUCAUUGACCUUGUGAGUGCUAUGGAACAUGAUGGCUUUAUUUCUGGGUUUAUGGAAUUCUACCAGAAAACGGGAGAGCCCUAUCUGGGUACAGCCUAUGCCAUCAUGAUGUGCUACUGGGACGGAAUAGUGCAUUUCAUCAUGUACCUCAUAAUGAUACAGCGCUUAUGGAACAGCAAGUCUUACCGCACCCUGGGUCUCUUCUGGGCUGGAUCGUUGUUUGCCAACAUGAGUGUCUUUGUGACAGGAAUUGUUGUAGGUAAAUUUGGAUCAGAUAUCCGUCCCGCCUUCUGGCUCAACAUGCCCUUCCUAAUGCUUCCAAUAUGGGGUGCGAUCAAGCUGUUCAACAAGCCCAAGAAUGGGCCAACCCUCGGUGGGUACAAGGCCCACUAUGAUCAGAGUUUUAAUCUCAUCUGGCGCCCUUCUGACCUUCUCCUGGUGCUGCUGCUACUGGGGGCCAUGGCCUUCACUCUCUUCAGGGGCUUGGUAGCUCUUGACUCCCCUCUAGAGGCCUGUACCAUCUACCUCCGCCAGUACGAGCCCUAUCUGAAGGACCCGGUGGGCUACCCCAAGGUUAUGAUGUUGCACUUCCUGUUCUACAUGCUGCCAAUGCUGGGUGCCUUUGUCUACGGACUCAUAGUGCCUGGCUGCACCUGGAUGCCUGACUGGACCGUGUUCGUUGCUGGAGGCAUCGCCCAGUGUCAGUGGGCCCACAUUGGGGCAUCCCUCCACCCACGUACAGUGGCCCCAUUCCGGAUCCCAGACGAGGCCUUCCUGGCUGUCCUGGCAGCCAACCUACUGUACGCUGUGAUCCCCUCGCUCAUCGCCAUGCGCUGCACCAGCAACACCAACUUCUUCUUGACCGUCACUAAACUGCCUGGGAUGGAGGGGAUGCCCUGGGUUCCUGAUGCUGAUACCCUGGUCGAGAAGAAACACAAUUAAAGUUUACAUACCAAUAAAGUUACCAAUAAAGAUAUGCCAAUAAGUUUACAGAAUUGACUUCUAAUCUAUUAACUCGUUUCUGUAACAAGUCCCAUAGGGGAUUUAGAGGAGUAAGUAAGUAGGUAAGUGUAUCAUACAGGACAUCAUGUUCUCUUAGACCGGGACCCUCCAUUGAACUAUACUGCAGAGUCAGAGUGAGACACAAACACACUCCACUUUCCCCGCAGCCUUUAGUUCAGGGCUCUCCAACCCUGUUCCUGGAGCGCUACCAUCCUGUAGCUUUUCACUCCAACCCUAAUCAAGCGCACCCGA